AUGGCGACAACGGUUCGGCGUAGGCUGGUCGGCAAAGACAUGGAAUGCGAGACAGCGUCGGAAACUGCCUCCGAGACUUCAACAUCGCGCGAGCCGAGUCCCGAUAUUCAGCAUGAGGUUACUCCCACGGUCAAGAUUAUACACAAACGUCCCAAGACCCGAAAGCGGAAGACGACAGCGAUCUUUCUGCUGGGGAGCCUGUUUGGCAUCAUAGCAGCAGGCUUCUUUGCUAAAAGCAAUGAUCUGAUUGAUCUGCCUCUACCCGAGUUCAAGGAGCUCAGUAUGGACAGCCUGUUCGAGGUGUUGCCUGCCGGCUUUGUCAAGGAGAUGCGUGACCUGGUGAAUGGCGAACGAGACUUCAUAGAGAGCGAUGAUGCCUUCUCGGUGGGCAUAAAAAUGCGCGCCGAGGGCCUGUCGGCUGAUCACCCUAUCGUCAUGAUCCCCGGGGUCAUAUCUACAGGUCUAGAGUCAUGGGGCACGUCUGAGCUGUCGUUGCCCUAUUUUCGGAAACGGCUUUGGGGCAGCUGGACCAUGAUGCGAGCUCUUGUCAUGGACAAAGAAGGGUGGAAGAGGCACAUCAUGCUCGACAAAACAACGGGGCUAGAUCCGCCAGGCAUCAAACUACGCGCCGCCCAGGGAUUCGAUGCAACCGACUUCUUCAUCACGGGAUACUGGAUAUGGAAUAAAAUCCUCGAGAAUCUAGCAUCCCUUGGCUAUGAUCCAACUAACUCGUACACAGCGGCUUACGACUGGCGAUUAUCAUAUGCCAACCUCGAGGUGCGCGACCACUACUUUUCCAGGCUCAAGUCUUACAUUGAGCAAGCCCACUUUCUGCACGAGAAAAAGGUGGUCUUGACUUCUCACAGCAUGGGCAGCCAGGUUCUCUUCUACUUUUUUCACUGGGUUGCCUCUGAGAAAGGUGGCAAGGGUGGCCAAGACUGGGUGGAAAAGCAUGUUGAUUCAUGGAUCAAUAUCAGUGGAUGCAUGCUGGGAGCUGUUAAAGAUGUAACAGCAAUCCUUUCCGGCGAGAUGCGUGAUACGGCGCAGAUGAAUGCAUUCGCGGUUUACGGUCUCGAAAAAUUCCUCAGCAAGGAGGAACGCUCUGAGAUAUUCCGUGCUAUGCCUGGACUAUCAUCUAUGCUUCCCAUGGGCGGUAACGCCAUCUGGGGAGACCUGGAUUGGGCUCCAGAUGACCAGCCAGGCCAAGAGCAUAGCUAUGGAUCGUUGCUGAAUUUCCGCGCCGGGCAAAACGGAUCAACAACACCGGACAGAAACUUGACGAUCAAAGACGCGAUGGACUAUAUACUUGACACCACUGACGACUGGUACCGCGAUCAGGUGAGAGGCAGUUAUUCUCAUGGGGUGGCCAAGACAAGGAAGGAAGUCGAGGCGAACGAGAACGACCCUCGGAAAUGGACCAACCCUCUGGAGACACGAUUGCCAUUGGCACCGAGCCUUAAAAUAUACUGCUUCUAUGGUGUAGGGAAGCCGACGGAGCGAGCGUAUUUCUAUCGGGCGCCAGAUCUGGGAACGAUUACGCAUCUUAACAUGACGAUUGAUACGACUCUGACUCAGGGCCAUAUUGACCACGGCGUCAUUUUGGGCGAGGGUGAUGGCACAGUGAACCUCAUGAGUUUGGGGUACAUGUGCAACAAAGGAUGGAAAAUGAAGAGAUUCAACCCUGCGGGUUCAAAGAUCACUGUGGUCGAGAUGCCUCAUGAACCGGAACGAUUCAAUCCGAGAGGAGGGCCGAACACGGCCGAUCAUGUGGAUAUUCUGGGAAGACAGAAUCUCAACGAGUAUAUCCUCAGGGUGGCGGCAGGCCAGGGCGAUACGAUCCAGGAUUUCAUUGCCAGCAACAUCCUCGAAUAUGCGGAAAAGGCGAAGGUCUACGACGAAUGA